AAUGAAAACGUGACUUAAUAAAAGUGACACAUUUGCACAGAUCCGUGACCCAUGGGACUACUAACAGAGCUUCUAAAAGUUUAAAAAUAGUUAAAUAUUUGGUAAUGAAAUACCGAAUAGUUUAUCGUGAAUUGCAGCUUGAAAAUUGUUUAUAUAUAAAUAUUUAUUAUUAAAAUUAAUACGUGAUUCUUACAUCUUAGUCAUAAUAAUUUCAAAAUAUGGCUUCAAAAGUUACACUAUCUCAAGCUUUGGGUACAGAUGGAAGUGAUUUUAAUCAUAGACAAAAAAUUGCUAGUCACUAUCAAAUCAGUGCAACAAAUAAAUCAAGACUGAAAUAUUGUAUAUUUUUUCAUUAUCUUCUUUUCUUUGUUAUGCUUGCCAAAUUACAAGCUGAUAUUUUAGAUCAUUUGGAUAUAUUCAUUUUGGAAAUUGAAGAAUUGCAAGUACCACAGCCUCUAUGGUGGGAAUAUAUUUGGUGUACAAGUUUAAUUUUAAAUUUUCUUGCAUUAUCUGCUAUUAAAAAAAAUAAAAUUAAAACAUUAAAACAAUAUAUGAUAGGUAUCAUUCUAUUAGGAUAUGGUCCAUUACUUUAUGCACUUAUUUAUUAUUUUAAGGAUGUUUGGAAAUAUUUAACUAUUGGUAAAACAGAUGAAAUUCAUUUUUGGCAGGAUCUACCAUAUGGAUUGUUAUGGUAUGCAUUUAUUCUGUUAGCAUCACAAGUUCAUUCUUUUUCUUUGUUUUUUUCUUGGAAUCUUUUAAUAGCAUGGAAAACACGAGGAAGUAAAAAAGCAGAUUAAUGUAAUUAUAAAAUUUAUUUGAAUUUUGAUCAUAUCUGUAAAUAUCAUUAAUAAUACAAUUAUUCUUUAAAAAAAUUAAAACUGUGAAAAUAUUGUUAACAUGCAAA